UUACACGUACCUACGUUCAUUAUCAUCUGUUCAACCAUAAAGCAAGCUACGCAGGGUUUCGACAAGACAGUAUAUCGUCUUAUUUGCAUUUCGAAAACAGCGCUACUUUAGCUUUCAGGUUAUCAUCUGAGGUGUUUCUUCAGGUGUUUGAACAAAAACGGCGCCAAAUGAGUGGAUUGAAUGGUUCGGUAUUUCAAUAUGUCCGGAAACAAGACACAAAACUAUGUUGUCCGACGAGAAGAGAAAUUUGGAGUCAAAACCUUCGAUACGAUGCCUGUAACUGUUACUAGAGGACGGGGGAUUUUUCUAUGGGACGUGGAUGGUAACCGAUAUUUUGACUUUACAAGCGCUUAUUCGGCUAUAAAUCAAGGACAUUGCCACCCAAAAAUCGUGAACGCGUUAAAAGCCCAAGCUGAAACGCUAACUAUGACGGCCAGGGCUGUCUACAACGAAGCACUGGGAGAAUAUGCGCAAUACGUUACAAGCUUGCUUGGAUACGACAAAGUUUUGCCCGUUAGCAGCGGGGUGGAAGCUGGCGAUAUGGCCUUGAAAGUUGCGAGAAGAUGGGGUUAUAUUAAAAAAGGGAUUCCGGAUAACGAGGCAAAGAUUGUGUUUGCAAAGGGAAAUUAUUGGGGAAGGACUUUAGCCGCAAUUUCUAGCUCUACCGAUCUAGUAUGUAAACAGUUUUAUGGCCCACACAUGCCAGGGUUUCUGAUCAUACCCUUUGACGAUUUGGUCGCCUUGGAAAAUAUAUUGAAAAAUGAUCCCAAUAUUUGUGCUUUCAUGGUUGAAUGCAUACAAGGGGAAGCCGGUUGCGUAGUCCCAUCCCCUGGCUACCUUAAGGGAAUAAGAGAGCUGUGUACCAAAUACAAUGUCUUAUGGAUUGACGACGAAGUACAAACAGGAUUGGGACGUACCGGAAAACUUUUGGCAGCAGAUCACGAGAAUGUAAAGCCAGAUUUGGUGUGUUUAGGUAAAUCUCUGUCUGGAGGGUUAAUGGCGAUAUCGGCAGUUUUGGCUAAUGACGAAACGGUCCUUUGCCUGGAACCAGGUGAACAUGCUACUACGUAUGGAGGUAAUCCUCUUGCAUGUACAGUUGCGACUGCUGCUCUGAAGGUCAUCGUGGAAGAAAAUUUGACCGAAAAUGCUUUUCGUUUAGGAGAAAUUUUACGGGAAGAACUGGAGAAAUUGCCCAAAAGUAUCGUGCAAGAAGUUCGGGGCAGAGGGCUCUUCUAUGCUAUUGUUUUAAGACAAGGGUGCGGAAUAACAUCAAAAGAUGUGUGCUUCAGGCUCAUAGAGAAAAAGGUACUGACGAUUAGAGGAGCGGGUACGACCAUUGUUCGCAUUGCACCACCUCUGGUCAUAACGGAAGCUGAAUUAUUAGAAGGAAUCCAAAUAAUUUUGGACGUUUUCCAUUCAUUUUGUUCGUAGCGUAUCUACUGCCCAAUGUUGACUUGUUAAAUAAUGUCAUGAACUGAAAUAAAAGAAUAUAUUGGGCCUAUAUUCUCCGCUAUUAUCUCAAAUGGAACAUAAUUAAAUUUAUUUCAAACUU